UUGUGAAACAAGUAUCUGUCCGUGGAAACAAAGCCCUCUCCUUGAGGAGUGUGUGGGAGAAGGGAAAAUCCUUUACAGUGGCAUGAUGGGUCAGUGCCAAGUGGAAAACCCAUACCAGGAGAAUAUGGGUAGAGGGGGAGACCAGAAGAGCAGGCUGGGCUCUGAAGAUCAGUGAAGGGCAGGGCCUCAGAGUAAAGAGAGCAAGACUUUGUUUGUGCAUCUCGAUCUCAUUUUGAAGGAACUGAUCAGAAUCUCUUGAGGAACAAUUGCCUUCAAAAGCGCAAAACUGGUGCUAAGGAAGCAGAAGAAUCCCAGAAGCGGCUCCGAAAGGCUGGGAGCCUGGGGAGAAGGUGCCUGGAGUGAACAAGUUCCUGUGGAAGUGAAAUGACCCUUCAUUUGAAUGCAAAUGCUAUGUAAAAGCCAGAAGCCCCUUGACGUCAGCUCAGCCUUUGGUGGCCCUCCUAUGGCCCACUACCAGUCACCUGGAAACCUGGUGUAGCACAAGAAGAUUGGAGAAGUCCCAGACGCAAAGAGGAGCCAGUGGCGCAGCUAGUGCUGAUUCUCUCUUGCGUCUCAAACCCGAGUUGGCGCUAAGUUUACAGGGACCUCAGGAUGGCUUAGGGAGCAACUUCUUCUAUCCAAGUCAUCAUGUAUGGAAGCUGCCUUUUGGAAAAAGAAGCGGCCAUGUACCCAGGCAUUCUCAGGAGCCCUGGAGGAGGCGGCACAACCGGGGUGGGCACCUCUGGGGGCAGUGGUAGUCCGCUGCCUGCCUCCAACUUCACUACGGCCCCAGCCUACCCACACUACAUGGGGUACCCUCAUAUGCCUAACAUGGAUCCCCACGAGCCUUCGCUGGGAGCCUGGAGCUCGCCCUACAGUCCACCCCGGGAAGACUGGAGUACAUACCCUGGGCCGUCCAGUACAAUGGGCACAGUGCCCAUGAACGACAUGACCUCAAGCUCUACGGCUUUCGGCUCGCCAGACUACAGCAACCUGGGCCCCACCAGCGGCGCAAGCAACGGCGGUAGCCUGCCAGCCCCGGCCAGUGAGUCAUUGGUCUCCAUCGACUCAGGCACCGCUGGUGCCAGUUCUCCCAGCAGGAGCCGCCACAGCCCCUACGCGUGGAUGCGCAAGACUGUGCAGGUGACCGGGAAAACCAGAACAAAAGAAAAGUAUCGUGUGGUUUACACCGAUCAUCAAAGGCUGGAGCUGGAAAAGGAAUUUCACUGUAAUAGAUACAUCACCAUCCGAAGGAAGUCAGAGCUGGCAGUUAACCUGGGCCUUUCUGAGAGACAGGUGAAAAUCUGGUUUCAGAAUCGCAGAGCCAAGGAGAGAAAGAUGAUCAAAAAGAAAAUCUCCCAGUUUGAGAACACUGGAGGUUCCGUGCAAAGUGACUCUGGCUCCAUCAGCCCUGGGGAACUGCCUAACACUUUUUUCACCACUCCAGCUGCUGUCCGUGGAUUUCAGCCAAUUGAGAUACAACAGGUCAUAGUCUCUGAAUGAAACAAGAGCAGAGAAACAGAAGCACCCUUCCCAUUGCAGGGUGUCUUUGGCCUCUAAGAUUAUCAGCAGGGCAGUUGAGAUUGGAUGUAAUUCCUUAUAAGGCAGAAUUCCAAACGAAUGGACACACAAUGAGUUGGAGAUAUUUCAGACUCUACCAUUCAGAAACUCUCCUCGAAUAAUUCCUAUUCUACGCUGUUAUAUGGGGGGCUGGGCAGGAAGUUCAGUGAUAAGCUUUGCUACUUAAAGUCUAGACUCAGGAGCCCUUGCAACUUUCCUCACAAUUUCAGAAACUUGCUUGUGCACAGAUUUUCAAACACAGUCCUGCC